AUGAAAUAUAAUAAUCAUCAUUUUAGUUUGUUAUUAAUUUAUAUUUAUUUAUAUUUACGUAUCUCACAUAAUAACCAAAUCACAGUUCCAGUCUCAUCAUCAACAACUAUUCACCAAAAGUCAACUUCCUCUAAAUCUAAACUAAACCCUCAAGAAGGUAUUAGUUAUAGCGCUAAUCUAAAAAAAAUGAAAGAAGACAAUAAUAAUAAUUUACAUCAUCAACAAUUACAUCAACCGUCAUCAUCAUCUUCGUCGUCGUCACCAUCGGGUUAUGGAGAUAAAAGUAUGAUUUGUCAAGUAUGUCAAUCUAUAUUGUCCAAACCAAAGACACUGAAAUGCGAUCAUAGCUAUUGUUCCGAUUGUUUGGAUCUUAGUCUUGUCGACAAGAAUUCGAUUCCAGGCGACUCUAUCACCUACUAUUGUGUGCAGUGUCGUUUGAAAACACCUGCUCGCGACGUUCGUGUCGACGACUCUUUGUACCGUGCGCUUGCCGACUACUCGUCCAACAAGUCACUCGGCUCCUCAUCCUCUCCUUCCCCUCCACCACUCAACAGUAGCAGUUCCAUUGCCAUUGCUAUCUCCAAUUCAAGUUCUUCUUCUUUUUCUGGUCCAUCUUCUUCUAUGGGAGGAAAUUAUUAUAAAUUAUUUAAUCAACAACAACAACAAGGUAAUAGUAAUGGUAAUAGUAUCAACUCUUCUACGGGAAUUAGUUCAUCGACGCCAUCUUAUUCGCCACCAUUGUCUACUUCACCAUUGUUGUUUUCUCCAGUCAAGGAAUUCAACGUGUUAUCAUCGAGCACCAGCACACCUGCGCUGUCCUCUUAUCUUUCACCUACGCCCUUGUCGCCAAAGUCGCCACUCUUUAAAUCUACGGAAAUCCCUCCCUCCUCGUCCCCUCUUCUCACUUCCACCUCUUCAUUCCCUCCCUCUUCUGCGAUUCAUAAUCAAUACAAUAAUAAUAAUAAUAAUCAUAACAACGCAAACGCCAAUAUAUUAUCAUCACCACGCAACGGAAACAAUAAUAAUAAUAAUAAUAAUAAUACGAUCAACGCAAACGCCAAUAGAAAUAACAACAACAAAAUGAUUGGUGGUAAUGGAACAUUGGUUCCACCCUUACCAUCCAUCUCAACGUCCAAUCUACUUCCCAAUAUGUAUCAUCAACCCCCUCCACAGUCCCCAUCUUCAAACUUUUUGAAUCCUCUUUCUCUGUCGUCCUCUUUGUUGGAAAAGUCAAACAAUCCAUUGGGUGGGUCACACGGCUCGUCGAUUACGAGCAGCGAGGGUGGCGGAGGGUUCAGCCGAAACGCCUCUACGGGCAUGUCCAACAGCAACUCGUUGUUGUCUGAACUCAACCAAUCCUAUCCAUCCUACUUGUACAGCAACUCUUCCAACAACCCCCUCAACUCUUCCUCUUCCAAUCCCUCCAAUCUGUCCUCCUCUCCGUUGUCUGCAUCCACCCCUGUCUAUCUAUCCCAAUCGAUUCAACAACAACAAUUCCAACAACAAUAUCAACAGUUUCAAAUGUAUUUACAAGAUCAUCAACAAUAUCAAUAUAAACAACAUCAUCAACAACAGGUACAACAACAACAACAACAACAACAUCCACCACUUUCUCCACAUCAUCAUCAACAACAACAACCACUUUCACCACAUAUAUCUGUAAUGAAUCAACACCAACAACAACAUUCAUUAACACCAAAUUCUCAUCAUCAUUCUCAACAUCAUUCAUCUUCAUCUACUCAAACUCCAACACAACAUCAUCAUCAAUCAAAUAAUUUGAAGCUUCCAUAUUUGACACCAGCAAUUGCGUUGAAACCAGCAGAUACUAGAUGUAUUGUACAUGGACAAGAAUAUCAAUACUAUUGUUUUGAUGAUCAAUGUCAAAUGUCAUUGUGUGAGCUUUGCUUGCAUCACCAUCACAACAAACAUCGUAUCCAAUCGUAUGGUGAGAUUGUUGCACAAAACAAUGUAGAGAAUCAAAACAUGCGAGACAUUUUCCUUCGAUACAAAAACUAUCUCGAAGUGGAAAGUGACAUUGUCGAGAGUAUUCUCAAAUACAAUCCUGUCGAGGAUUGUAAGGAACAACUGCGUAAAGAGUUUGAACGUAUCCUUUCGGAUCUAUUUAACCAAGUUGACAGUGAUUUUGUCAACCAUCGCUCUAGAAUGGAACACAAACGUGAACGAAUCAACAAGUUAUUGUCAGACAUUGAGGCUGAAAGAAGUAGAUUCUUUGGACACUCCUCAUCUCCCAAAUCCAUUCACGAAUCAAAUCAACAAAAGGCUCAUUUUAACGAUCUAUUCAAAGCCAUCUCUGAAGUAUCAUCAACUGAAAAUAAUGAUAUUCAAUGGCAAUUUAAAUUUAGAAAUCAAUUAGUCUCUCUUCCAAAAAAUAACAACAUAGUAAAUAACAACAACAAUGUAGAUAGCAAACAACAAACAAAUAAUAAUAAUAAUAAUAAUUUUAUUAAAUCAAUUAAUGAUAAUUAUCAAAUCAAUUUACUUAAAGUAUCAAAUUUACCUUUUAAAUGUACAUUAAAAUUCAUUUAUGCAAUUGGUGGUAAAGGAAAACAAUCGGUUGAAAGAUACUCGAUCAACCAGAACCGAUGGAGUUAUGUGGCACCAAUGACCAACGAACGCAAUCGUAUCAGUGGCAUUUAUGAUGGACGCGGCCACAUUUACGUGUUUGGUGGCGAGUCUGGCAACAUCUCGUUCACCACGGUCGAGCGCUACAACAUCUACAACGACACUUGGGAGAAUGUAGCACCCCUCCCAAGCGAACGAUCACGUCACGCCACGAUCUACGACGGCAAACGCUAUGUCUACAUUAUUGGUGGCAAGGACCGUUGGUUCACCAACCAUGUCGACCGUUUCGACCUCUUUACGCAAGAGUACCAGUCUUUGGCACCCAUGAAGACACAACGAUCUGAUUUGUCGGCUGUCUAUGACGGCAAGAACUACAUCUACGCUAUCGGAGGCUUCAACGGAAAGGCCCUCGACAUUAUCGAACGCUAUGACAUUGCCGAAGACAAAUGGGUCCGUCUAUUGCGCAUGCGAAAGAUGCGUGAUGGUCCUGGCGCCAUCUAUGACACUCGCUCCGACUCUAUCUAUCUCAUGGGUGGUAGCUAUGGCACCAAACGCAUCUCUUCUUGCUUGGACCGCUAUCAAGUUCUCACUGACCCACCUAGAUGCGACACCAUGGCCGAUAUGAUCAAGCCAAUCGACGUUAGAAACUCGGUCGUCUAUGACAAUGAGGACAACGUAUAUGUAGUCGGUGGUUACUUUUCAGAGGUAUUGUCUGAUGCCUAUCGUUAUAAUAUCCAACAUAAUCAAUGGUCAACUCUUCGUUCAAUGAAUGAACCAAGAGAAGGUAAUGCUUUAGUUUAUGUUACAAUUGAUAUUAGUUAA